AUGCCAACAUUUCUGCUGCCUGUAACCCAGCGUUCGCUCCGCUUUGCGUCUUCUUUGCUUCAUUGUACCUCUUUGUUAUCAUCGUCAUCAUCUAUUUCUUCCAAUCGUGUUCGGUUUCUCAUUGUAUCCAACUCACGGAAUCUUGAACGUACUCUUCGUCUUCAUUUUUCGAAUCUCUUGGCCUCCCAUGAACAUGAAUCCAUUCCCACCUGGUCCGACGCAAGAGAUAUACAAAGCGCUUUAGGUGUUUGUGAAGGGGUUAUUCUAGCUACCAGUGGCUCUGGUGAUGAUGUGAUCAAUCUACCAAGUAGCCCAACGGACGAGUGGCUUCAAUGCGAAAAGACUGUAGCAACUUUCGUGUCGAAAUGCCAUCGAGUUGUCAAGUUAUCGUGGACAGAAGGAUUUGUAGAAGAGAAAUCUCCGUCUAGUGCAGGAAAAGCCAAUUGGGAGAUUGAAGAAGAAUUAAAGCUAAGAAUUGUGGAAGGGGAUACAUGGGCUCACAACCUGACGAUUUUACGAGCAACGAUGGGGAUGGACGUCUUUCUACGAGGUCGAUUGUUUGAGUUGGUGUGUGGAAGAACGCUCUCGACGAGUAUCAAGAGAGGGCGUAUCGCAUUUGUGCAUCCUUUAGAUGUCGCAGAGAGUUUGAGUGCUGUGGUAGAGAAGGUGAGCAUUGGUAAAAGUGGUGAAGAUGUCACGAAAGAAGCGUUCAAGCUGACUGGACCCGAGGCAUUGUCGUUUCCAGACGUCGCCAAGUUGCUGUCGAGGGGAAUUGGGGAAAAAGUGAGCUAUUCGCAUUUCCCAUUGUGGGCAGUGCAGCCAGCACGCUGGGUGCAUGGUGUCCCCGGCGACGCUAUCGAGGAGGAACUUGCGGUUACACGAGCGUUGGAAUCAGGAACACAGGAAGAAGUUGACACAGGUUUCAUGGAAACGCUGCUGGGUCACAAACCACGCUCUUUUCAAAGAUUUAUUGCUGAAAACGUGGAUGCGUGGCCGCGCACACACCCAACGUAG